CCGCCCCUGAGCCGGCCGCCCAGCCCUUGGUGCGGUGACCGGCGCGGGGAAUGUCCCGGGUGGAGCUGGCCGAGUCGCCCGUUCUGCUCCACCCGACGCUGCUGUGUGUGCUGGGCCUGGCUCGCGGCGCACAGAGAUGGCCGAGCAGUCUGACGAGCCCGUGAAGUACUACACUCUCGAGGAGAUUAAGAAGCACAACCACAGCAAGAGCACCUGGCUGAUCCUGCACCACAAGGUGUACGAUUUGACCAAAUUUCUGGAAGAGCAUCCUGGUGGGGAAGAAGUCUUAAGGGAACAGGCUGGAGGUGACGCUACUGAGAACUUUGAGGAUGUCGGGCACUCUACAGAUGCCAGGGAAUUAUCCAAAACAUAUAUCAUUGGGGAGCUCCAUCCAGAUGACAGACCAAAGUUAAACAAGCCUUCGGAAACUCUUAUCACUACUGUUGAUUCUAGUUCCAGCUGGUGGACCAACUGGGUGAUCCCUGGCAUCUCAGCAGUGGCCGUCGCUUUGAUGUAUCGCCUGUACAUGGCGGAAGACUGAACACCUCCUCAGAAGCCAGUGCACGAAAAGCCUGCUUUGGACACAGGAGGAAAGAAGCCAACGCUAACUACUUCACUGACAGAAACCUUCACUUGAAAAGAUUAAUUUUAAUGUAUUUUUUUCUCUUUCUUCCAAUACUAGAAACAAAACAGAACUGUCCUUUCUGCUCUCGAAUUUUUAAUUUUUCGAGUGUGCCUUUUUAUUCAUCUACUUUGAUGUUUCUUUACUAUGUAAUUUACUUAUUAUAAGUAUGAUCUUUUCAAAAUAUAUCUGGCUUUUAAAGUA